UACACCUUAGCGAUAGAUUAGCAACUAGAGAUCGCCAUUUUUCAUGAUCUAAAACUGGUUUAAUUAAUUUUCACGUAGCUUGUGAUUCCAAGAAAUUAACAACUAACUCUGUGACUAAUUAACUUACACAAGUGAUCACCUCAGCGUUACAGCUUCAUUCUGCAUAUCGCUUUACAAAUAUUUCGUUUAGUUUCUUGAUUUGUUCAUAAUUAAUAUAUCAUUUGUUUGAGAAAGAAGGCAGAAGAAGAAUUUAUUAAAAAAUGCAGGAGCAUAUGAUGCCUUCAUCACCAUCAACACCUACUCGAAUUCGGCGUAGACGGACGCAGGAGGUGAUAUUUCCCGUGCUAAGCAAAUUAGAUGAUCAAAACAAAUAUAGAACUAUGUGGAUUCGCACGUAUUCUUCUCUAUGGAUGCUUAUAGGCAUCAUCAUCAUACUAUACUUGGGUCAUCUGUAUAUUUGUGCAAUGGUCGUUGUCAUCCAAAUCAUCAUGACCUCCGAGCUGUUCAAUCUACUUAGACGAACGGAUGAAGAAAGGUGUCUACCUGGAUUUAGGCUACUAAAUUGGUACUUUUUCUUCACGGGCAUGUUGUUUGUAUAUGGACGCAUACUAAGCCAACAGCUUGUGAAUACUGCAACUAUAGAUCAAUUCUCCCAUAAGCUAGUAAGCAAGGUCAUAAUGUAUCAGAUGUUCUUUUGCUAUUUUCUUUAUAUUGCAGGACUUGUUUGGUUCAUACUAACGUUAAAGAAGAAGACGUACAAGUAUCAAUUUGGUCAGUAUGCAUGGACGCACAUGAUUCUAUUUGUGGUCUUCACUCAAUCCUCUUUUACUGUUGCCAACAUAUUUGAAGGCAUUUUCUGGUUCCUUCUUCCAGCAUCACUUAUAGCUAUGAACGAUGUAGCAGCUUAUUUCUUCGGUUUUUUCUUUGGUAAGACGCCUUUAAUCAAGCUGUCUCCAAAGAAGACAUGGGAAGGCUUCAUUGGAGCAUCUAUUGCCACCAUGAUAACAGCUUUCUUGUUUGCAAAUGUCCUCGGACGUUUCCAAUGGUUGACAUGUCCAAGAAAGGAUCUAUCGACUGGUUGGCUUCAGUGUGAUCCUGGUCCUCUAUUCAAGCCAGAAUACUAUUCUAUAGCUGGAUCGCUUCGAUGGUUACCUCUGAAGGAGAUAUCAAUACUUCCAGUGCAAUGGCAUGCUUUAUGCCUAGGUUUAUUUGCAUCUAUAAUCGCUCCGUUUGGAGGAUUUUUUGCUAGUGGUUUCAAGAGAGCCUUUAAUAUCAAGGAUUUUGGCUACUAUAUUCCUGGACACGGCGGUUUCACUGAUAGAAUGGAUUGCCAGAUGGUGAUGGCAAUAUUUGUCUACAUUUACUACCAGUCAUUUGUUCCUCAAGACUACUCUGUUGACAUGAUUUUAGAUCAGAUAGUAAGGAAUCUCAACUUUGAGGAUCAGAAAGCACUUUACUAUAGGCUAGGCCAGAUUUUUAGGCAGAGGCAGAUGGAAAAUUAUUGAAGUGUUAUCAAUUUUGCACGAAGUAUUUCUUAUUGGUUGAGAUCAGGGGUGUCCCUUUCUGCA